CUUGCACUCUCCUCUCACGUCAAUCAUAGUUCAGCCUUUGCCCGCUUAACAUCAGGUUCUUUUAACUCCUCGCAACAAUGUCCAGCGCGAAUACAACAAUGUAUUACUCUGCCGUGGAAGACAUGUUCAAGGAUAUGUUGAUCGAUACUACCGAAACCAAGGAACAAGAAAUGGAUACUGCCGCGAAUGAUAUUACAUGGGUGGACACACCUAAGCGAUCGGUGCGCAUUCGUCGCCUCAAUCUGUUUAAGGAUAAGCCAGAGUUUGUGAUCUGUCGCCGCAUUAUCGCACCAUCGAAACUAGAUCUAUCGCCCAGAAGUCAAGAGCUGCAAAAGGAGCAGCAGAGCAAGGAACUGCUUCGUCUGCGCCGUGAACGUCACGAGGGAGAGCAACGUCCUCCUGUGCGACGUCUCACCAUGCGCCUUUAGGGAUGAUGGAUACUAUGUGAGAGAAUAUGUGAUCGACAACUGCCUUUCGAUUUUCUAGUGGUUCAAAGUGCUUCCGAGAUUUAUGCUUUAGUUUUAAGUAGAUGUAAAAAACAGCGAACGCUGCAAAGUAUGCCAUGGUGAUUUUAUUAGCUAAUAU